AUGCGCAAGUACCGCUUCAAUCCGACCAAGGAGGGGCCGUAUUUCAUAGACGUUGGUGAGGUGGGAACAAUGGAUUUUCGGAAUGACGUGAUGUACCUGGCGGAGGUAAGUGUUGGGACGCCAGCGCAGACGGCGCAACUAGACUUUGAUACCGGAUCAGCGGAUCUCUGGUUUGCCAGCGGCACGGGCGACGGGCUGCUUGGCCUUGCGUUCAGCAAGAUCAAUACGGUCAAACCGCGGCCGCGCGAUGCGGAUAAGCCGGACAAGAGAGCCUCGUUCUACACCUUCGAGUUUAUCGACCAGGCUACUGUGCAGACGAUUUCCCGCGCGGGAAAUAAGGCUAUCGCUGACACUGGCACCACUCUAGCUCUAGUAGACGAUAGUACCUGCCAGGCUAUCUACGAUGCUAUUCCUAGUGCCACCUAUAACCGCUAG